AUGCUUUGUCCCCUCGAAUCUGAAUCUUAUUCAAAUGUGCCUGGUGCUCGACUCCGGAACUUUACUCAACGUUUUAUGGCUUUGGUGAUGGGUGACGAUAAGGUACCCCCUGUGAAUGUAGAGAAAGAAAAUAAGACCAGAACUCUGAGGAGCGUAUUCAAUCAGAUGCUGCACAGCUGCAUAGAGUCAAUCGGUGAUCCUGCCGCGGACCUGUGCAGUCAGGCCCUACAGGUGGAUAUUGAUAAGUAG